AUGGAAUUUGUACUUGGGGACUUGAUCUGGAUAUAUCCUCAUGAUGAAUUAUCAUGGGCUCCUGGCGAAAUCACCAGCAUUGAAGAAAACGCCUACGUCGUCAGUGUAAAAGAUUUUCCAGACAGCGAUCUCUAUAGAGUUGAAAAGCAGCAUGCCCUUCCUGUACAUCCCAGCUGUUUAGAAGGAAUCCCAGACUUAUUAUCUCUCGGAGAAUUUAACCUAGGCGCUUUAUUGCACAACGUAAGGACGAGAUAUUUCCAAAACAAUAUAUAUACAUCAGUCGGAAGCCCAAUUUUGAUAUCUAUCAACCCAUAUACGAAAUUACCUAUUUAUACACAAAAACAUGCAGAAAUGUAUAGAGGCAAAGGAAAAGAAAAUUUAGCACCUCAUUUGUAUUUGAUGGCUGAGCAAGCACAUUCGGCAUUGCUGGAAUCUAAUCAGUCUAUAAUUAUUUCUGGAGAAAGUGGGUCAGGGAAGACAGAAGCUGCAAAAAUAAUUUUAAGCUAUUUGGCUGGGUUUUCUGGGGAGGCUAGCAAAGGAGGGAAUUCUAUAGAAAACCAGGUUUUGGACUCAAAUCCUAUUUUAGAAGCUUUUGGGAAUGCAAAAACUCUCAGAAAUGACAAUUCGUCAAGAUUUGGGAAAUUCAUUGAAAUUCAUUUUGAUAGUGUUACAAGGAAGCUGCAUUCAGCCAGAAUCGAAAAUUAUUUAUUGGAAAAAUCUAGGAUUGUUACACAAAUUGAAGGAGAAAGGAAUUAUCAUUUCUUUUAUCAGCUGUGCGCUGGGGCUAAUGAUACAGAAAGAGAACUAUUUAAAAUUUUAUCAGCUGAGAGCUAUAAUUAUCUAUGCAAAGGUGGCUGUUUAGAAAUUCCGGAUGUUGAUGAUGCUGAAAAUUAUCAGCAAACCAGGGAAUGUAUGAAAAUUUUGGGGUUCACAGAGCAAGAACAAAUGGAUAUUUUGAGAAUUGUGACAGGAGUUUUAUAUAUGGGAAAUCUUGAAUUUGUAGGAGAAGAAAAUGCAGAAAUUGAAAAUUAUGAAAUUUUGGAAAUUAUUGCAAAUUUAUUAAAAAUCCCUGUAAAAGCUGUAGAAAAAAUAUUGACUACAAGGAUCAUGAUAGACCCUAUGACUAAAAAAGAAAUAGAAAUGCUUCAAAACCCUGGCCAAGCUAUGUAUAUAAGAGAUGCCACAUCAAAAGCAAUAUAUAGUAAGCUAUUUGUGUGGCUUGUCAAUAGAAUUAACGAAUCAAUUGCAGUAAAACAGAAAAAAACUACCAAAAUAAUAGGUCUGCUCGAUAUAUACGGUUUUGAAGUCUUUGAAGACAACUCUUAUGAGCAGCUUUGUAUUAACUACGCAAAUGAAAAGCUUCAGCAGCAUUUUAACCACCAUAUGUUUAAGCUCGAACAGUCAGAAUAUUCCAAAGAAAAAAUCAAAUGAGACCAUAUCUCCUAUGAAGAUAAUCAGCUUUGUAUAGACUUAAUUGAAAAAAAACCUAUAGGUGUAAUCGCUUUAUUAGACGAACAAUGCAAGCUGCAAAGAGGGAGCGACAAAACUUUUCUAUCAAAUUUGCACUCAAUGAAAGAAAAAAGCAAUUAUUUGUGUGACCCUGGGCAGUUUGCCAAUGACUAUUUCGGAAUUUCACAUUAUGCAGGAAAUGUUUUUUAUAAUGUGAAUGGGUUUUGUGAAAAAAAUAAAGAUACAUUAAACCCAGAAAUAAUAAAAGCAGUCGACUUAUCUGAAUGUGAGCUAUUAAGGUUAAUUUUUACUGAGCCAAAAGUAAAAAAAUCAAGAGGCAAAAAAGAUGGAAGCACCCCAGGGACUCUUAACGCCCCCACAAUAGCAACCCAAUUCAAAGGGCAGCUUCAUGACCUUAUGAAAGCUUUAUCAGCAGCCACACCUUCCUAUAUCCGCUGUAUCAAGCCAAAUUCUCACAAAUCCCCUAAAGAAUUCGAUUCAGUCGACGUAGAAAGGCAGCUCCGAUGUGCUGGGAUGCUUGAAUCUAUACGUAUCAGAAAAGCUGGAUACUCAGUCAGAAGGUCUAUUCAAGAAUUUGUAGGAAAAUACUGGAUUUUGGCUCCUUCUAUAAAAAAACAAAGCAUGAGCAAUAUGGCACAAUGCAAAGAGUUAUUUGGGGUGUUAAUGAAAAAUCCGUCAUUAAGGAAUAUGCUGGAUCCUGAUAAAAAAUUAUGCCAAAUUGGCAUAACAAAGGUAUUUAUGAAGGACGAGCUCAGGCAAGCUAUUGAUGUAGAGUACGCAAAAGCUGCCCAUGGCCAUGCAGUAAGGAUUCAAGCGUUAUUUAGAGGGCAUAAGCAGAAAAAAAAGUAUCAGUUUUUGUACGUUUGUGUAUUGUGUCUGCAGAAAAAUAUUAGAAAUUUCUUGUGGAGGAGGAAAUUAGGCAGGAAAAUUGAAGCGAAAAAGAAGCUGAAGAGGUGGAUAGCGAGUUUGACGUGUAAAGAGAGGAAAAAUAGAAUGAUAAGGGCGGUGGAAAUUAUUGAGAGAGGGGUUAGGAGAGCUUUGUGCAGAGAAAUAAUUAAAAAAAUUGCAUGUGAAAAUAAGGAAAAAGAGAUGAAGAAGGCUGAAGAAAUAAAAGAUGAAGUGAGACUCGAAGAGGUCAAAAGGGUGGAGAUUCAAAAAGAAGAGACUAAAAUUGAGGUAACUAGCAGUGAUAACUCAGAAAAAAGUCAAGAAAUUUAUAUGAAGGACCAAAUAAAAUAUUCUCUAAUUAUUAAAUUCCCCUUAUUAAUACCAUAAUUUUUAUUUUCCAUAAAUAAUUUCUAAUCCUAUAUAAAAAAUUUAUACGAAAAAACUGAAUCUUCCACAACUGAAGAAACCGAAGAUUUCGAAGUCAGUAUCAGACAGAUCAACGAAAGGCCCAGAAAUUUAUCCCAUAGAGAACUUAUAUCAGGGAAUGCUCCUGUUAUAGAAACUCUCAAACAAGAAAUUUCUUCAUUAACGUCAAAAUUAACUUAUGAGCGAGAAAAAACCUCAGAACUUGAAGGACAAGUCGAGCAUUAUAGAAAACUAUACGAGUCUGCCUUAGAGCAGCUUCACAAUGCGCAGUCUGACAAGCGGAAUUUUACUAUUACUCUGGAUAGGGAGUCUAAAAAAUUAUCAGGAGACCCAGAUCUUAAGCUAGCUAGAGAUUUAGCUGCAAAGGAUAAUGAAAUUUCUAUGCUUCAAUUAAAACUAGAUGCUGCAAACCAUCAAUGUGAAGAGCUUGAAGAAUAUAACCGAGAGCUAAAAGGAAAAGAAUCGAGCUGGAGACAAAAACUUGAACAAGAGGUCAUAAAGCAUACUCAAGAAAUGCAAGCUUUGAGAAUACAAUUAAGCCAAAAACCAGCUGAAAUAGAAAGAUCUGAUAAUGAUAAAGAAAUAAAAAUUUUGAAGCAAAAUUUGAGGUCUUUGGAGUCAGAAAACUCAAGCUUAAAAUCUCAAAUGAAAUCGCUUGAUGAAGAAUUAUCUGAAACUCGGAAUAAUGAAACAAGGAUUAGAGAUCAGCUUAAGAAAGCUCAAGAUGAGUAUACAAGUAAAGCAAAUAAACUCAGCAAGGCAGAAUCUGAAAAUUAUGAAAAUAUCCAAAAACAGCUCCAGCAAAAUCUAUUAUAUAAAUAAUUAAUUUGGCAUUUUAAAAUUAAUUUCUGAUAUUAUAUUUAUAAUAAUUUAAAAUUAAGCAAAAUAGUAUAGAAGAACUCCAAAAGGUCGUAGACUCUCAAAGAGACGAAAACGAAGAGCUUCAUGAAGAAAUGGAAACUCUUAAAGGCGACGUCAACCGCAUGGCUUCUCUUGAGCGCUUUUAUAAAGACGAAAUCUCCAAACUCCAAAAGCAAAACAAAGACAAGCACCAACAGCUUAAAGAUCUAGAAUCCCAGCUUGAGCAGCUUCAUACCGAAAAACUUGAACUUUCCAAGCAGAAAAUAGAACAAGACGCCUUAAUCGCCCAUCUCCAAAACUCAGAAGAAGAAAAACGCAACGCAAAAAAAUUAAAAUCCACAAUUGAAGCUCAAGAAGAAGAAAUUGAAGAGCUCGCCAAAGAGCUGGAAGCAAGCAAACAGGUUUAUGCCACAUUGGUGACUUUAUUAAAGUUUAAAAAUACAGAAAUCGAGCAUUAUAAGAACUGGCAAGCAGGAAGGACCGAUAAGGACUAUCAAAAAGAAAUAGGAGAUUUGAAAUAUCAGGAACAAAAUUGGGGUUAAUAUGAAAUUUUACUAUAAAAAAUUAAAAAAAUCACUAUUAAUUUUAUAUAUAAAUAAUUCACUUUUUUCACGUAGACCUAACAAAAUCUGCUUGAAAAGUAAUUUUUAUGUAGACUUGAUGAACAAAUGACUGCGUUAAAUGCAGAAGAGGAAGAUACAAGUGAGGAGGAUGAUUAA